GAAGUUCUCGGUGUGGGCUGCACAGAUUGGCUUUGGAUUUCCACGGGGGACAGUCUGAGGAAACGGUUUGUACAGUUCAUCUCCUCAUCGAAGGAAGGUGCAAUGGCGAGAAAUUUGUCUAUCAUCUUGAUCCUGACCUUUGCCCUAUCAGUUACAAAUACUAGAACCAGAACUGCUUUCCCUCAGACCACUGAGAAAAUUAUUACAACUUGGGACUCCAGCAUUAAUGUUGACUUGGCGUAUACCACACAGCAACAUCAUCUACAGCAACUUUUCCAUCGCUAUGGUGAAAACAAUUCCUUGUCAGUUGAAGGGUUCAGAAAAUUGCUCCAGAAUAUAGGUCUAGAUAAGAUUAAAAGAAUCCAUAUACACCAUGACCAUCACUCGGACCAUGAUCAUCACUCUCACCAUAAUCAUGCUACUUCCAGUAAAAAUAAUCGGAAAGCUGUUUGCCCAGAUCAUGACUCUGAUGGUUCCAAUAAAGAUCCUAGAAACAGUCAGGGGAAAGGAUCUCACCGAUCAGAACAUGCCAAUGGCAGAAGGAAUGUUUUAAUCAAGGAUGGUGUUGGUGCUAGUGAAGUGACCUCAACUGUAUAUAAUGCUGUCUCAGAAGGAACACACUUUCUGGAGACCAUUGAAACUCCAAAACCUGGAAAACUUCCCAAAGAUGGGAGCAGUUCUACUCCACCCAGUAUCACAGAAAAAAAACGGGUGAUUCGACUGGCUAGUAGGAAAACAAAUGAAGCUAUGAAUGAACCCCCAAAAGGCUUUUUGUAUUCCAGAAACACAAAUGAAAAUACUCAGGAGUGUUUCAAUGCCUCAAAGCUGCUCACAUGUCAUGGCAUGGGCAUCCAUGUUCCACUGAGUGCGAUAGAGUUCAACUAUCUCUGCCCAGCAAUCAUCAAUCAACUUGAUGCUAGAUCGUGUCUGAUUCAUACGACGAGUGAAAAGAAAGCUGAAAUCCCACCAAAGACCUAUUCUUUACAAAUAGCUUGGGUUGGUGGCUUUAUAGCUCUUUCCAUCAUCAGUUUCCUGUCUUUGCUGGGUGUUAUCUUAGUGCCUCGCAUGAAUCGAGUAUUUUUUAAAUUUCUCCUAAGUUUCCUUGUGGCACUGGCUGUUGGAACGUUGAGUGGUGAUGCUUUUUUACACCUUCUUCCACAUUCUCAUGCAAGUCAUCACCAUAGUCAUAGCCAUGAAGAACCAGCAAUAGAAAUGAAGAGAGGGCCACUUUUCAGUCAUCUGUCAUCUCAAAACAUAGAAGAAAGCACCUAUUUUGAUUCUACAUGGAAGGGUCUUACAGCUCUAGGAGGCUUGGACUUCAUGUUUCUUGUUGAACAUCUACUUACAUUGAUCAAGCAGUUUAAAGAUAAGAAGAAAAAGAAUCAGAAAAAACCUGAAAAUGAUGAUGAUGUGGAAAUAAAGACGCAAUUGUCCAAAUAUGAAUCGCAACUUUCAACAAAUGUGGAGAAAGUGGAAGCAGAGGAUCGACAAGAAGGCUAUUUGCGAUCAGAGUCACAAGAGCCCUCCCACUUUGAUUCUCAACAGCCAGCAAUCUUGGAAGAAGAAGAGGUUAUGACAGCUCAUGCUCAUCCACAAGAAGUCUACAAUGAAUAUGUACCCAGAGGGUGCAAGAAUAAAUGCCAUUCGCAUUUCCAUGAUACACUUGGCCAGUCAGACGAUCUCAUUCACCACCACCAUGACUACCAUCAUAUUCUCCAUCACCACCAUCACCAAAACCACCACCCCCAUAGUCACAGUCAGCGCUACUCUCGGGAGGAGCUAAAAGAUGCUGGCAUUGCUACGUUGGCCUGGAUGGUGAUAAUGGGCGAUGGCCUGCACAAUUUCAGUGAUGGCCUAGCAAUUGGUGCUGCUUUUACUGAAGGUUUAUCAAGUGGUUUAAGUACUUCUGUUGCUGUGUUCUGUCACGAGUUGCCUCAUGAAUUAGGUGACUUUGCUGUUUUACUUAAAGCUGGCAUGACUGUUAAGCAGGCUGUUCUUUAUAAUGCUUUGUCAGCCAUGUUAGCAUAUCUUGGAAUGGCAACAGGAAUCUUCAUUGGCCAUUAUGCUGAAAAUGUUUCUAUGUGGAUUUUUGCACUUACCGCUGGCUUGUUCAUGUAUGUUGCUCUGGUUGAUAUGGUACCUGAGAUGCUGCACAAUGAUGCCAGUGACCAUGGAUGUAGCCGCUGGGGAUAUUUUUUUUUACAGAAUGCUGGGAUACUUUUGGGUUUUGGAAUUAUGUUGCUUAUUUCCAUAUUUGAACAUAGAAUUGUGUUUCGUAUAAAUUUCUAAUUAGGCUGUAGCUGCUAGAGUGCUUGAAACAUUGCUGUCUAUAGUUUGAAUAGGUCAUAGGGAGAUGAAAGUUUCUAUGCUGUGAUAUGC